AUGGGGUCACCAUCAGGAUCGAAUUUUGUAUUGCUUGAUUAUUUGGCUGCGCUUGUUUUCAUCUUCAUUGGAUUAUGCGUUGUAGUGAAGAAGUUGGAUAGUAUCGUUUACGAAUUGCAAGCUUUGAAUGGUAACUUGGCCGCCCUUAGAAGAUAA